AUGGCAGGCGGUCACCUUGACUUCUCCCGCUCUGCAAUCGCAACAACAAACAGCUCACAGACCUUUCAAUCGCACUCAUCCAAAUCACUGCACCCCUUCGAAACAUCCCACGCACUACCAGCCGCGAUCACCAUGUCUGCACAACAGGACAACCAGAUGCAGGGUGUCCAGGACCCCGCUGCCGAGGGCAAAGGCAAGGGCAAGGCACCCGAGGACAACACCGUGGAGGAGUCUAUGGACGACGACUCCAGUGAUGAGUCUGGUGCUGAGGAGCAGGUACUCGAGGAGCCCGACGAGGACAACAUGGAGGAGAUUGAUACGGCUAACGUCAUCGGAUCCCGCACGCGCGGCAAGAACAUCGACUUCGCCAAGGCCAACCAGGAGCUCGGCGACGACGACGAGGAGGACGACGACGAGGACUUUGUCGACCCCGAUGACGAGAUGAAGGACUAGAGAGUUGCAAGCUGCACUCUCUGUGUCUUUUGGUCUCCCUCCACGCGAUCACGAACUUUUCAACGUUCAUAUUUGGGUUGGGUUUGAUACACAAAAGGCUUUUGGGCAUUGGAUAGCGGGUAGGCUCAUGCAGAUAUUGGAGUCUUGGUGCGCUUGCCAGUGGGGCUGCCGUGGGGUUGGACAUCUGCUGUGCGCGCGUUGAGCGUGGCAUGUUUGCAGUAUGGAAAAGUCGCACAAGCAUAGCACUCAGCGUACAUGAAAUAUCAACUUUACGAUACCUGUC